GGCUGGAAUUCCAGGGCGCGCAACGGGUAGGACUGCUCACUGGCAAGUCAAUAUAGCUGGUCAUAACUACUUAGAGGUUGGGGUCAGGACACCCAAGAACUGUCGAUGGAGGCUUUUUUGCCCAAGCUCACGGCGAACAAUGGUCUUACCGAGGUUACCUAUAUGCAACGUCUGGGAGGCCAUGACAGUCCUGGGAGACGUCCAAUCUAGCAGCACCCGUGGCGGCCACGUGCAUAACAAGCGGAUCACCUUCGCCGUGGCCGCAUACGAGAAAUACGUAGCGACCAUCUUGCCCCAAACGCGCCGAGUAGAUGAGUACUGCCAACCCAACUCCGAGGGCAGCCAAUGUCGACUGAACUUCCUGCUACAACAAAACGGCCGGAACCGCGCCUGGCUCCAGUCCGUCGCAAGCGAGCUACAAUCGCUCCAGUCCGCGAGGAAGCUGUGCGACUUCAUGUAG